AUGUCUUUUCCACUUCUCACUCUAUUAUUCUUAUCUUUUUCCACCUUCCUAGCUCAAGCCAUAGUUCCACAAAAUGAAACCUUCAAAUUCGUUAACUCAGGUGAACUAGGACCAUACAUAGUAGAAUAUGGAGCUGAUUACAGAAUGAUAAGCAUAUUCAAUGCACCAUUCCAAGUUGGUUUUUACAACACUACACCAAAUUCCUACACUCUAGCCCUACGAAUCGGACUCCAACGAUCCGAACAACUUUUCCGGUGGGUUUGGGAAGCUAACCGGGGCAACCCGGUCGACGAAAACGCAACAUUUUCAUUAACUACUAAUGGAAACCUUGAGUUAGCAAAUUCUAAUGGAAGAAUUGUUUGGCAAACAAACACUUCUAACAAAGGUGUUGUUGCCUUUAGGCUACUCCCAAAUGGUAACAUGGUUUUAAUUGAUGCUAAAGGUAAGUUCAUUUGGCAAAGUUUUGAUCAUCCUACGGAUACUCUUCUGGUGGAUCAAUAUUUAAAGCCCAACGGGCCGUCGAAGCUCAUUAGCCGGCUUUCGGAGAAAGAAAAUCUUGAUGGGCCUUAUAGUUUAGUUUUGGAGCCCAAAGGUUUGGCUUUAUACUACAAAAGCAAAAACUCACCUAAACCAAUUCUCUAUUGGUUUUCCUCUCGACAAGAGUCAUUAGAAAAUGUUACACUCACAUCUGAUUCAGAGUCUUUUGAUAUUAGAUUUGAUACAUUUCUUGGUAGGCCAGUGAAUAAUAGUACCUUAACAUAUCUUAGGCUUGGAAUUGAUGGUAACAUUAAGUUUCACACAUAUUUUCUCGACGUUCGUGACGGUGUUUGGAAAGUUACAUACACUCUCUUUGAUAGAGACUUUGAUGAGAGUGAGUGUCAAUUACCAGAGAGAUGUGGGAAAUUUGGGCUAUGUGAGGAUAAUCAAUGUGUUGGUUGUCCAUUAGAGAAUGGAGUAUUUGGUUGGAGCAAUAAGUGUAGUCCUAAGCCUUUAGGGGUGUGCAAAGAAAGUGAGUUUCAUUACUAUAAAAUUGAAGGAGUUGAACAUUAUAUGAGCAAAUAUAGUAUUGGUGAUAGAGUCAGUGAGGAUGGUUGUGGAAGUAAAUGCACAAAGGAUUGUAAGUGUGUUGGGUAUUUUUACCAUAAGGAUAAUUCAAGGUGUUGGAUAGCUUAUGAUUUGCAAACUCUUACUAGGGUUGCAAAUGCUACACAUGUGGGUUAUGUUAAGGUGCCUAAUAAGUGA